GCGACAGGGGCGGCCAUGGCGGCGGCAGCCGAGGAGGAGGCGGCGGCGCGGGGGCCACCCGCCCGCCCAGCCUCGGGGCCCGCGCUCUGGCGUCUGCCGGAGGAGCUGCUGCUGCUCGUCUGCUCCUACCUGGACAUGCGGGCCCUCGGCCGCCUGGCCCAGGUGUGCCGCUGGCUGCGGCGCUUCACCAGCUGCGACCUGCUCUGGCGCCGGAUUGCUCGGGCCUCGCUCAACUCCGGCUUCACGCGGCUCGGCACCGACCUGAUGGCCAGUGUCCCAGUGAAGGAACGGGUGAAGGUGUCUCAGAACUGGAGGUUGGGGCGCUGCCGAGAGGGGAUUCUGCUCAAGUGGAGAUGCAGUCAAAUGCCCUGGAUGCAGCUAGAGGGUGAUUCUCUGUACAUAUCCCAGGCUAAUUUCAUCCUGGCCUACCAGUUCCGCCCAGAUGGUGCCAGCUUGAGCCGCCGGCCCCUGGGAGUCUUUGCUGGACAUGAUGAGGACGUUUGCCACUUCGUGCUGGCCAACUCACAUAUUAUCAGUGCGGGAGGAGAUGGGAAGAUUGGUGUUCAUAAGAUUCACAGCACCUUCACUGUCAAGUACUCAGCUCAUGAACAGGAGGUGAACUGUGUGGAUUGCAAAGGGGGCAUCAUUGUGAGUGGCUCCAGGGACAGGACGGCCAAGGUAUGGCCUUUGGCCUCAGGCCGGCUGGGGCAGUGCUUACACACCAUCCAGACUGAAGACCGAGUCUGGUCCAUUGCUAUCAGCCCAUUGCUCAGCUCUUUUGUGACAGGGACGGCUUGUUGUGGGCACUUCUCACCCCUAAGAAUCUGGGACCUCAACAGUGGGCAGCUGAUGACACACCUGGGCAGUGACUUUCCCCCAGGGGCUGGGGUGUUGGACGUCAUGUAUGAAACCCCUUCUACACUCCUGUCCUGUGGCUACGACACCUAUGUUCGCUACUGGGACCUCCGCACCAGUGUCCGGAAGUGUGUCAUGGAGUGGGAGGAGCCCCACGACAGCACCCUGUACUGCCUGCAGACAGAUGGGAACCACCUGCUGGCCACCGGUUCCUCCUAUUACGGCGUUGUGCGGCUGUGGGACCGGCGUCAAAGAGCCUGUCUGCAUGCCUUCCCACUGACGUCGACCCCCCUCAGCAGUCCUGUGUACUGCCUGCGUUUCACCACCAAGCAUCUCUAUGCUGCGUUGUCUUACAACCUCCAUGUCCUGGACUUUCAAAACCCAUGACAGUCAGGGCCACCCCAGCCUGUGGGCCAAGGAGGCCAGCUUCUCAGGGACCUCUCUUGCCUGGAAGGUGCAGUGAUAUCCCUUACCCUGCUGUGCCUGUGCGCCUGCACCUGUGACCACAGUGCUUGGGGACUUGUGGGUUACCCAGGAUGAAGUCCCUCCCAGGAACCAGUUGGAGAGAAGGGACCUGCUGCUUUGGGAGACUGCAGCUGAGCCCGGGCCUUGUUUCCCUGUUUGGCCGGAGCAAAGAUCUGGCUUCCUGAGGCCCACCCUGCACCCUACCCUUCUGAGAGUCAGCACCAGCUUACAGAGUGAGGUGAGGUACUCCACGCUGCCCAGUUGGCCCCUUUCUGCCCGUUCCCUGGAAGGAGGGGUGAGGCUCUGCCAAUACCCCAGCUGCUGGCACCCCCCGACCCCCCCACCUCCUCAAUCAGACCUCACCCUUGACCAAGAUUUUGGAGCUGGGGCUCAUUCCUGGAGCACUAUGGUUUUGCUUUGAAACUAUGAACGGGCAAAGGAAACCCAGCAGUUUUGAGUAGUGCUGAGCCAGACCUACCUCAGGCCAGCUGUUGAGACAUGGUACAAUUUUCAUUUUUGUAAAAAUAAAGCUUGAUUGUUCACAGAUCUGGUUCCUGACUGGUUGGGCAGUCCUAGGAGGCCCCAGGGAGCUGGAAUGGCAGACUCAAACUAGGGGAUGUAUCUUCUGCAGAAGGAUGAGACCA